AAGUUGAGGGGGAUAAAAAGAAAACCACAUGCCCAAAUGAAUCUCCCACAAAAAGGGGACCCACCAAUGGAUGGAGGGGAAGAACUAAAUUCUAGAGAGAGAAAGUGAAGUUUGUACAAGUAGUGAGUGAAAGAGAUCUAGAGAGAGAAUUUUUUUUAAUUUUUUUUUUUAUAUAGAUAGAUAAAUAUAGAGAGAGGGUGUCAUGUGACUUUUUGAACCCAGCUAACUUACAAAUGCUAACCAACAAAUACCCUUUCUCUCUCUAACCAAAACAAAAUUAAAUAAAAAACCCCUCUUUCUCUCUCUAAAAAAACACACAAUACACUUUGUCACUUUUUCCAUUUACCAUAAAUUCUGAUUAUUGGCGUUUCACUUUCUAGUAUUACCAACAACAGUAUUUUCACCCCUUCACUCUUUUUUUUUUUUUUUUAAUUAUUUAUUUCUAAAAAUAAAAGUUGUUGAUAGAAUUUAGAAGCAAAUAUAAUGAGAUAUUGUAAGAGAGAGAAAGUUCAGAAAUCAGAAGAACAAGAGUAAAAUUCUACUACUCCCACCAGAUUUUUUUUUUUUUUUUUUUUUUAAAAGAUUAAAAAAAAAUGGUUAUUACCCUUUGUUCCUGUUUAUUUUCACACUGAUCUUCUUCUGCUCUCUACUGUCUUACUGCUUUAAAAACUGCCACAUUUUUUUCUCUCUGUCUCUUCUGCAGUUUUUGUAGAAGAAGAACAUUCAAGAUUACUACAACAAAUAACAACCUCCAUUUUUAUUUUAUUUUUUUUUUCUUUUUGGCAGUCAAUUUAUUAUUUUGAUUCAUAAUAAAUUUACCCCAUUUCUUAAUUAGUUUUGAAUUCAUCAAAGUAUAAAGAAAUUAGAAAUAUAAGAAGAAAGUGUUGAAGAUAGAUUAGCGGUGGUGGCUACUACAAGGAGGUUAGCGUCGGAUUCAGGAGCGUUUGCGGAUUGGGUGGCGUCAUCAGCAAGCAACGCAGCUGAUAAGAGUAACGAUCUUUCUCUUGGAUUCAAUGCUGGCACUUUAUGGCCUGCUUCGUCCAGGUACGGAAUCUCUCCGGAGAUGGGGAUGUUCGUUGUCGCCCCCGCGACAUCGUUCCAGCAGCACGAGUCCAGUUUGAUGCUGGAUCACCACCACCACCACAGUCAUCAUCAUGGGGGUGAGAUGAAUGGCGGGAAUAACGCCGCUACCGCUUUGGGAGUUGGGGUGGGAGUCGGCGUUAUUCCCCUCUUCAACGCCGGCCCGUGUCUCAACGUGGCCGGCACUGGAGAGACGGGUGGUAGUAAUAAUAAUGCUUUGGAUGGAAAUGAUUCUUUCAUGAGUCGUAAUCAUAGAGCGGGUGCAAUCCAACUCUGGCAAGCACAGCAACAAAUGGGAGGAGGAAGCCCGAAUUACCCGAAGAAGAGUAUUAAUUUCGACCCGACUGGCCCGAAUUUACUCCACUCGUCUUCUUCCGCAAUGGGCUGCGGUGGCGGAAGUGGGGCCCUUACUUGUCAGGAUUGCGGAAACCAAGCUAAGAAAGACUGCAUCCAUCGGAGGUGUAGGACUUGUUGUAGGAGUAGGGGUUUUGAUUGCUCUACUCACGUGAAGAGCACGUGGGUCCCUGCUGCUAGGCGAAGAGAGCGGCAGAUGAUGGGAGUUCCUGGAGCAGCAGGGACCCACGGAACCGGUGGUGGAAGUGUGGGAGGUGGAGGAGGGGCGUCUUCUGGCUCCACCUCCGGGGCGAAAAAGCCUCGCCUUAUAUCCUCUCAAAAUACCGCUACAACCUCCCACACUUCCACCUCCAACACCCCGCCUCGUAGCUUCGAGACUAGCUCCAGCCACCAAGAUGCGAGCUUCAAGGACUCGUUGCCGGGGCAAGUGAAGGCCCCAGCAGUUUUCAAGUGCGUAAGGGUGACUGCAGUCGAUGACGGGGAGGAUGAGUUUGCUUACCAAGCAGUGGUCAAAAUUGGUGGACAUGUUUUUAAGGGCUUCCUAUAUGAUCAAGGGGUUGAACCAAGAGAUGGUUUUCCUAAUCUAUCUGAGUUACAUUUGGGUGGUGCUGCUAGUAGUAGUGCUGGUAGAAAUGGUGGGGCUUCUUCGUCGUCGCCGCUUCUCGAUCCAUCUGAUGUCUAUGGUGCUUCUGGUGGUGCUGGAUUGCUCGGAGGUUCAAGCUAUGGUAACACUAUGAAUUGA